AUCCAACGGAGAAGACGGUGUGACAAUCUGACACGUAGACAGUCGGGUCGUUCAAUUCCCUCUUUGGUGGUUAUCGUCCAUUCCAACUCUAUAUAAUUCGUUUGAUCUAACGAUUGAGUCCCGAUUCAACUCUGAGUCGGAUUUCAAUUCUUCUGGCAACUUCACCAUGAGCGAUCGGCUGAAGGAACCGCGCCUUUUUCACCUCAACAAUGGCACCAUUCGCGUCAGCAUCACUAACUAUGGCGCCACAAUUACCUCCCUCUUCGUCCCUGACAAACACGGCGAACUUGCAGACGUUGUUCUUGGCUUCGAUUCCGUCCAAACAUACAUGGCAAGAGGGGAACCCGUGUUAUUUUGGGUGCAUAGUUGGGCGAGUCGCCAACAGAAUAAAAGAAGGGAAAUUCAGUCUCAAUGGUGCUGAUUAUUCUCUUCCGAUCAACAAUGGCCCCAACAGUCUUCACGGUGGGAACAAGGGUUUUGACAAGGUUGUGUGGGAUGUCGUGGAGCAGAAAGAUGGUGAACAACCAUCUAUUAUCUUCAAGUAUGAAAGUAGUGAUGGGGAGGAAGGGAUAUCCCGGAGAUGUUACUGUAACCGCCACUUACACACUGGCGUCAACCAACACGCUGAGGCUGGACAUGGAAGCAGUACCUAAGAACAAGCCAACUCCGAUUAGCCUAGCUCAGCACACAUAUUGGAACUUGGGAGGGCACAAAUCUGGGAACAUCCUGGACCAUCUUGUUCAGUUGUCGGCAUCCAGAAUUACUCCGGUCGAUGAGAACUCAAUCCCAACUGGAGAGCUUCUGCCAGUUAAAGGCACUCCCUUUGACUUCACAUCAGAGAAAAAAGUUGGAAUCUCAAUCGGUGAAGUUGGUAUAGGGUAUGAUCACAACUACGUACUGCUUGAGUAUUCUGGUCAAGAGAAAUCGGGGUUGAACCAUGCAGCUAAGGUGAAGGAGCCUUCAAGCGGUAGGGUGUUGAACUUGUGGACGGAUGCUCCUGGUGUGCAGUUCUAUACCGCUAAUUAUGUGAAUGGGGUUGCUGGAAAAGAAGGGGCGGUUUAUGGAAAGCACUCUGGCUUAUGUCUCGAGACGCAAGGCUUCCCGAACGCGAUCAAUCAACCCAAUUUCCCAUCUAUUGUGGUUCAACCAGGAGAGAAAUACAAGCACAGCAUGUUGUUUGAGUUCUCUGUGGAGUAAGUACGACACCCCCUUGUUCAUCGAGGAAAGGCAAAAGUACUUCUGUCAGCUUGCUUUAGUCUCUUCAGUUUGUGAAAGUUAAGCCAGGUAUUCUGCUGUUUGUGUUUUGUGCAUAUUGGAUGACGGAAGUCGCAUGUUUGAUAUGAUAAUAAGGAAUUCUAAGACCCAUGAUUUGCUGAAGUCACUUUGAGUUAUUCUCUCUUUUUAUGUCAUUGUGUGUGAGAGUGUGUGAGGGCAGUUCCCGGCUUAUCUAUUUAAGCUGAAACAGUCCUUUAUGUUACUCGUACGAGUCAUUAUAGACUGGAGUGGCAAUAAUCUGGACCAAAUUCCCAGUUUCUCUCUAGUUCCUGUUAGAGGUCUGAGAAUUCCCAGCUUGUGCAGUUAGCUUCUAAUUUCUAUGGCCUCCUACAUA